AUGAUGGGAGGCUGGUGGUCCUCCUCGGCCAACGGCGCCUUGGACGAGCAGAUAGACAAGGCCACGGGGAGCAGUCUAGAGGACAUUGCCCUCAACCUCGAGAUAUCUGAUGUCAUAAGAUCCAAGACGGUCCAGCCCAAGGAGGCCAUGCGGUCGCUGAAGCGUCGCAUAGGCAACAAGAACCCCAACGUCCAGCUGAGCGCCCUCAACCUGACCGACACCUGCGUCAAGAACGGCGGCGCCCACUUCCUGUCCGAGAUCGCCUCGCGCGAGUUCAUGGACAACCUCGUCUCGCUCCUCCACGCCGUCGGGCCCGCCGCCGUCAACCAGGACGUCCGCGCCAAGAUCCUCGAGCUGAUUCAGACCUGGGCCGCCGCCACCGCCGACCGGUACGACCUCAAGUACAUCGACGAGACGUGCAAGUCCCUCCAGCGGGAGGGCUUCCAGUUCCCCCCGCGCGUCACCGUCGCGAGCAGCAUGAUCGACAGCAGCGCGCCCCCGGAAUGGGUCGACUCUGAUGUCUGCAUGCGAUGCCGAACUGCCUUCACCUUCACCAACCGGAAGCACCACUGCCGCAACUGCGGAAACUGCUUCGACCAGCAAUGUUCCACCAAGACCCUGCCCCUGCCUCACUUGGGCAUCAUGCAACCCGUCCGUGUCGACGAUGGCUGCUACACCAAGCUCACGGAUAAGUCGAGCAAGGGCGGCUUUGGUUCACAGGACCGGACGCCGACCACCUCGUCCUUCCCCCACAAGAACAGAAGCACCACGGCUGCCGCGUCCAUGCAACCCCGCGAUGCCCGUGUGGACGACGCUUUCGAUGAGGACCUGAAGAAGGCCCUUGCUAUGAGCCUGGAAGAAGUCCAGAGCCACUCCAUGGGAAGCGGCUAUGUACCCAACACGACCGCCACUGCCGCCAAGACGAAUGGCCCAUCACCGUCGGCGAGCAAGCCGGCCGAGGAUGACGACGAAGACUUGAAGGCGGCUAUUGCCGCGUCGCUGGCCGACAUGGAGGAGCAGAAGAAGAAGCAUGCUGCUGCUCUGAAGGAGCAAACAAGCGCCAGCCGGCCCGCCGCGUCUGCAACCCCCUUUGCGCUGCCCAAGAACGACUACGAGCUGUCUCCCGUUGAGGCAGAGAACAUCAAUCUCUUUGCCACGCUGGUCGACCGUCUCCAAUCACAGCCGCCGGGUACCAUCCUCAGAGAGCCACAGAUCCAGGAGCUUUACGAUUCUAUCGGCACACUACGACCCAAAUUGGCACGGACGUAUGGGGAGACCAUGAGCAAGCACGAUACAUUGCUUGAUUUACAUGCAAAGCUGUCGACAGUCGUGCGGUAUUAUGACCGCAUGUUGGAAGAUAGGCUGUCCAAGACUUAUAGCCAACACACAAUUGGAGGCUACAACCUCCCGCCACCCCGUCAGUCAUCCGGGCCGUACCCUUCGAUACAUAGCAGUGCGCCCGGUGCUGCAGGUCCUGCCGAAAGUUUCUAUACUGGUGAGCAGCCUGCACAUUACGCUCCACCGCAGGCGUACCCGCAACAGCCGGUGCAAACACCCCAGCCGCAGUAUGCUGGUUAUGACAAGCGAGCUUCUAUUUCGGUGCCACAAGGCGGUCAAUACCCCCCUCAGCAGGUACAAAGAAGUGAAAGUUGGCAGGCCCAAGCACCCUCGGCGCCUUCGCCGUAUCCUGGACCCGGUUAUGCGCCCAGCGAGCCACAACCACAACCUGGACACCAUCCGCAAGUGCCUUCUCAACCAGAGCCCGGCAGAGCUCCUGAACAGGCAGGCUUGCCCCCCGCUGAUCCGAACGCUGCUUUCUACUACGGCAACGCGCAACAAAGUCAAGGCCGCCAGACCCCUAGUGUGGCAGGCGACUCCGUACCAUCUCCCUAUCCCAACCUUCAGCAGUCGACAAACUACAAUAUGCAGUCGAUUCCUCCAACUCCCGGCUCAGUGCCGUCUCAGCCAGCCCAGGCCCAGCCAUCUCAACCACCGCAACAGUACCAGCCGUCAAUGCCGCUUCAGCAACAGCCAUAUUGGCAGCAGCCACAGCAUACGGGACCCGCGCCGCAGGCUUAUCAAAACCAGAACCCGGGGUAUCAAGCGGGAUAUACCCAGGAAUCAUUCCCAUCGGCACCGCAGCACGCGCCGCAACAGCCCGCAGUGGAGGAGAGUCUUAUUGAUCUAUAA